UACUCUUUGGAAAGCCCCUCCAAUCAGCUGUUCCUCCCAUAUAUAAGAAGUGAAUGUAUGUGAGAUUGGUAAAUCCAUUGUGUGCCAUCAGUGGUGAAGUUAGUAAAAGAUGGCUGACAUCGGGGAUGGUCCAAACACUGGCACCUCAAGAAAAGAAUCAAGAACAAAUGUCAGUGAUAUUCCAGUUACAGAUCCAGCAGCAAACAAGAGCCUAGAGGCAUCAAAUAAUGCCUUUCACGGCCCGAGAACAAAAUUAGAAUCUAAAUCCGGGGCGUUGAAGAAGUCCAGCCGAUAUCGGAGUCGCUCGUUAUCAGCCAGCAGCAAUGACAGCUACAGUUCCGCAUCUUAUACAGGAAGUUCAUCGGACGAGGACGACGUAUCGCCUCGGGAGAAAUUUCAAAAAACCGACAAGGGUUUCAUAGACUUCUGCGUGAGAAAUAUCGGUCAACAUGCCUUUGGAAGACGAGAGAUUGAGAUUGCUGAGCAGGAGAUGCCAGGGAUCAUGGCGCUACGAAAAAGAGCAGCUGAUGAUAUGCCUUUAAAAAAUGCCAAGAUCGUGGGUUGCACCCACAUAAAUGCUCAAACAGCUGUUCUGAUUGAGACACUGGUGGAACUCGGUGCACAAGUGAGAUGGGCUGCUUGCAAUAUCUAUUCAACCCAAAAUGAAGUUGCAGCAGCUCUAGCAUCAGCUGGAUACCCCAUAUUCGCGUGGAGAGGAGAAACUGAGGAGGAUUUUUGGUGGUGCAUCGACAAGUGCAUAGCAGCUGAGAAUUGGCAUCCUAAUAUGAUUCUGGAUGAUGGUGGAGAUGCCACUCAUCUCAUGCUUAAGAAGUACAACGCCAUGUUCAAGAUGAUUCAAGGUAUCGUGGAAGAGAGUGUCACUGGUGUUCACAGGCUUUAUCAACUCUCAAAAGCUGGGAAACUUUCAGUGCCAGCGAUGAAUGUCAACGACAGUGUCACAAAAACCAAAUUCGAUAAUCUCUACAGCUGUCGAGAGAGUAUUAUCGAUAGUUUAAAGAGGUCUACAGACGUCAUGUUCGGGGGAAAACAGGUAGUCAUUUGUGGAUAUGGAGAGGUUGGCAAGGGCUGCUGUCAGGCCCUCAAAGGUCUUGGCUGUAUUGUUUACAUCACGGAAAUUGAUCCCAUCUGUGCUCUACAAGCUAGUAUGGACGGUUUUCGAGUAAUGAAACUUAACGAGGUAAUAAGAAAUGUGGACAUCGUUAUAACAGCCACUGGAAAUAAAAACGUCGUGACACGUGAGCACAUGGACAAGAUGAAAAAUGGUUGUGUCGUGUGCAAUAUGGGACACAGCAACACCGAGAUCGAUAUUAAUAGCUUAAGGACUCCAGAUUUAACUUGGGAAAAAGUGCGAUCGCAGGUUGAUCACGUUAUAUGGCCUGAUGGCAAGAGAAUUGUACUUUUGGCUGAAGGACGUCUCGUCAAUCUCUCCUGUUCAAGUAUUCCAUCGUUCGUUGUGUCCAUCACAGCUGCCACUCAAGCACUAGCACUUAUUGAAUUAUUCAAUGCCCCAUCAGGACGCUACAAGAGCGAUGUUUAUUUACUGCCUAAGAAAAUGGAUGAGUACGUGGCUUCUCUGCAUCUGCCUACAUUUGACGCUCACCUGACAGAACUCACGGAUGAACAGGCCAAGUACAUGGGCCUCAACAAAGCCGGCCCAUUCAAACCCAACUAUUAUCGUUACUAGGCGAACUCGAUUUUGGAUUUUCUUCCAUCGAUGGCGUGCGAAAAUUAACGACAACUAAAAUGCGAUUUUCCUUCAAUUUCGUAUUAUCAUUUUAAUUAAUGUACCUGUAGGGCAUUUGAUUUUUCAAUUGGAAGUGCCAUCGAAAUGCUAUCAUUUGCAAAGAAUGACGAUCAAUCCUGAGAUCUGAUUUUUAAAAUGAUGGCAGAGUGUGAUUGAACUGUUCAGUAGCCAAAUAGAGUGACGCGUAUCGAAUAAUCGACUCGUUUUUCUGCUGAAUCGACAUUUAAUUAGUCGAAUAAUAAAAUAACAACUCGGUACUUCCUCAGUAAUAAAAUAAAAUAAUUGAAAUCAAAGUAUACAUUCGAGAUUAAUCGAUACCGAACAGUAUAAUUACCUGAGAAAACUGUGCGUGUACAUAAAGCUGAUAAAUAUUGCGUAGCAACCCUUCAAGUGUUUCAAUUAAUUCUGUUAAUUCGAAUUACUUAAGACAAUUGAGCCACUUAAUGAGUGCAUCUACCCAAGCGUAAGAUAAUUUUAUUGUCAUUACUUCGUUUAUUGAAAUCCCCCAGAGUUAUUUGAUUGAGCAUUCGAAAACUAUUAACCACUGAUGUAAUUAAAUACUUUACGAUAGAAAAUCACGUACGUAGUUGUGUUCCACUGUAUGAACUGUUGAUAAUUAAUGACAAUUCGUUUGCUCACGAUAACAUGGAGUUAAAAUUUUCCAGGGAAAGAGGAUGGUUGUAAAAAUUGUCUCGGUUGUGAUGAGUUGACGAAAACAUAUUCCAUUUUUCAUAUGCAGUUACUCAUUGAAACAAUUGGACAAAUGGAAAAUUAUAACGUGUUCUCAGUGCUGGGUGUGGCCUCAGGUACGAGAGGAACAGUUGAGCCAUAGUAUUCAAUUUCAGGGACACAAAACAAGUCAAUAAUUUAUAGUUCAUACAUAGAUUGUAAGAUAAUUCAACAUAAUCAUCGCAGUCAUGAAAGAACAAACCAAUUAGAUUGAUCAGGAAAUGUAAAUGGGCCUAAACUGUUUGAAAAAUACGAUGAGAAUGCCUUGGAGAUGUGAAAUCGACAGUAUUUAUAGAUUAUCAUACCUGGGAAUCUUACCAGGGGAGGAAUUGAUCCCCCAAAUAUUAUUUUAUCAAUGGAAUUCAUCCAUGAAUUUUUCAGGCAAAAGUCGAGUGAUAAACUCGUUAAUCUGUGUGAAGGCAUUUUAUCUUAUUUGUAUUAACGCACCGAUGAAUUCGAAAAGAAUCAGAAAAUAGAUCGAACAACAAUGAUGGUAUUUUUGUAACGAGAUAUUUGUGAAUAAAAACAACCGCAUGAUUCCCAUUUAUUAA